GUACAAGAAGGGCUGGAUAUAUCUUGAUGUCUUGAAGAUGAAGGAGCACAAUAAGGAGCAGAAGACGGUUUCCUUGGAUCGUAGCGUGCUGAAUUUCUUCGCUCCGUACGACCGAAGACAAACCCAGGUUGUUCGCGUGUGUAACCCCUCCGACCACCACGUGUGCUUUAUCGUCAAGUCGUGCGCGCCCGGCCGUUGCUAUAGCGACCCGAACAUGGGCGUCAUCGGGCCGAAGUGCUGCAUCAAGAUCACGUUUGAACUGAAGGAGAACGGCUACGAUCCCAAGGAGAAAAUCAAACACAAGUUCCAUAUAGAGGUCUUACCCAAACCUGACGGAAUCAACCCAGUCGGUAGAGGAAUGUACGAGGAUCUCUUUAAGAACAAACGUCCCGCGAUCUUACACCUUCGCUGCGCCUUCACCGGCGGAGACCUGUCCGAAGACUCGGAUCUAGAAGCGGACGGAAGAUUCCAAACCGGUCUCGGGAGGACAUUGAGUUGCAUGAAGCUUCGCCGCAAGAAGCGGUACCGAUUAUUCUCGGGAGAGGGCGCUUCUGACGCUGAGGAUUUUCAAGGCAACGAGUAUCACACGGGCAUGUCUAACUCCGCCUUCGACAGCAAAAACGCCAAUCAGGUGGCCAUAGAGGAGGUCGUGUCAAAGAACAACAACAUGGCGGCGGAAGAAGAGUUCGAACUAGAGGACGACUCGGACGCCUCUUUCGAUGACAAUGACAUUAACGACAACGGGAACGAACUCAAUCUGAGACUCAUGGAACCUCUUUUAGCAAAAUGAUGUCAACUUUUUUCUUAGC